UCUAGCGCGGAGCGCCUGUUGCCUACUACUAGUACUUACUAUAACUAUUAGAAUAUCCUAUUUAGGUAGUCUAAUCUUGUUAUUCUGAGUGUAUUAUACUUCGAAGUUUUUGAUUUAUUGCAAUUCGGUUUCAAGUCUUGAAACUAGGCUUAGUGUAACAAUAUAUUCAUUGAUUUUAACCAUAUCAUUACAAAAUGGAUGACCAAAGAAGUGUUGAGGACACUCCAGCGUCUCAGAGGCUCACUAACGACGAUUUUAGGAAACUUCUCAUGACGCCAAGGUCCACUCCAGCAGGAUCACAUCCUGUUGGUUCUGUUCGUGAGGCUAUGGCCAAUGCAGGGGCAAUGCCACCACCAACAGAGAACAAAAGUGAACUGCGUCGCAAAAAGAAAUCAUAUUAUGCAGCAUUGAAAAAACAAGAAGACAAUAAAUUGGCUGAACUUGCUGAGAAAUAUCGAGAUCGAGCACGGGAAAGAAGGGAAGGUGUUCAGGAUGUAAAUCCCUUGGACCCUAUGAGUAACACAACUAGUGCCUACAGGGCUGUAGCACCAGAUGCAAAAUCUGGAAUGGAUGCUAAAGAGCGAAGACGUCAGAUGAUACAGGAAUCCAAAUAUCUUGGUGGUGACAUUAAUCAUACUCACUUGGUAAAAGGUCUUGAUUAUGCCUUAUUACAAAAGGUUCGUUCAGAAAUACAGACACACGAGCUAGAUGAAGAGGCAGAAAUGGAGAGGCUUGUGUCUGCUCCAGUUGAGGUUGUUAAAGAGAAAAAGGAAACGCUUGCGGAAGAAGAAAUGCAAUUUGAAACAACUAUAGGAAGAAAUAUUUACAACAUGAUAAUGGAGCAAAAAAAUAAGAAGAUAGCAAGGAAUGAACUAUUUGCUCCCGGUCGUAUGGCAUAUGUUGUGGAAUUAGAGGAUGAAGGCACAAUAGACAGUGAUAUCCCAACGACACUAACGAGGAGUAAAGCUGAUGUUCCAGAAUUGGAUGAAAGAAGCUCUUCAUCAGCAGCCAAUGAAGUGGUUAUAGAGAAAUUGACACAGAUAUUCUCAUAUUUGAGGCAUGGAAGACAUAGGAAACAGAAAAAGAAGGAAAAAGGUCGUAACGACGAUUCGAUAUACGGUGAUAUUGGUGAUUACGUGGGUGGGGACAGACGGACAGAAAAACGCGAUGAACGCCCACGGACAGGAUACUUCGACAAGCCAAUUGAGACAGAGAAAGAGACGGGUCCAGGUCAAUUAGCCCGCCGUGCCCCGGAAGACAAGGACAAGCGAUCGGCUGCGCUGCUCUCGCGCCUUGCAGCUGAACCCGAAGGGUAUGCCGAGUGUUAUCCCGGUCUCAGGGAGAUGGAUGACGCCAUUGACGACUCUGACGAUGAGGUGGAUUACUCCAAGAUGGAUGCUGGAAAUAAGAAAGGACCUAUUGGUCGCUGGGACUUCGAUACCCAAGAAGAGUACUCGGCGUACAUGAGUAGCAAAGAGGCGCUCCCAAAAGCUGCUUUCCAAUACGGAGUGAAGACACAAGACGGAAGGAAGACAAGGAAGACGAAAGAUAAGAGUGAGAAGGCAGAACUGGAUAGGGAAUGGCAGCAGAUUCAAAAUAUAAUACAAAAACGCAAAGCACCACAAUUAUCUUCAGAUGAGCCAAACUUUAAGACACCGAAAUAUUAACUUUAUCUACGUAAAACUUGAAAGGCUAGUCACCGUUUUGCCUUUGCACCAAGUUAUUCUAUCCGCAUAGAUUUUAAAAUAUUCAAUUUUUACAUACAAAUAUAAUUUACGAUUAAAACGUCUUUGUUUUUAUAUAAAUGUAAGGAACAGUGAUAAUGAUGUAUUACGAGCGAUGUCAAAAAAUAUUAGUAUCUAAAAAUAGAUAUAUAGGUGUGUAUAUAUGUAUGGUAAU